AUGUCGGGAGGUGUCCGCAACCUACGCGCCAUGUUCGAGAUCAAAGAUCCGGCAGAUCCUCCAGACCGAGGACGUUCACCAGGUGCUAGUUCAUUGGGUGGUGCCAGCAGUGGCACCUCGCCUCGACCACUAUCGAAAGUCCGGACAAGUUUUGUGGCAGUUGGAGGAAGUGGGCAAGUGGGCUUGGGAUUGAAGAGGGAUACAAGCGGUGAACCGAGCAUGACAAGACGGCGAACAAGUUUCAGUAUCGAUGAGACAGAUAAUCCUAAGGCUACCGCCGAAAGGAAACAAUCAAUUGCUACCGAGUUGGAUGCCAGGAAACGCAGCUCGUUUGUGGAGGAGACAAUACCGGAGACGGCGGUAGAGACCCCUGCAAUCGAAGUGGACAGACAGUUGGGACAUGGCAGUGGACUGGUCAAGACAAAUAGUACGAAGCCGGUUGUGCCUAAGGAGGAGAAGAAGGCAGGUCCUCCAGCACAUACAAAUGGGAAUUCGAUACCUACGAUAGCAAAGACAGUGGAGAAGCCAGCAAGCAAGACGGCAAAACCGGCUCCUAUAGCUACGGCGAGAACAUCUGCGACGGUUAAAGCAUCCCCAACAAAGACACCACUUCCCAAGUCACCACUGCCCAAAACGCCAACAACGCCCAGUAAGAGAGAGGCUCCUAGAAAGGUCACGGAGAUGAAGGUGGAGAAAAAGGUGGAGAAGAAACCCAGCAAAGCUACAUUGGCACCUCGCCAUAGCUCGAAACCACCUACAAGUCGAGCAACGACAGCUUCAUCCGCUGCAGUUAGUAAGACAAGAAUUGCAGCCUCUCCACCGCCCCAGACAGGUUUCAAGAAGCCAAGACCAAGGUCACCAACCAAGCCAAUCAAGCUCCCAGCAUCUCUCACUGCACACACGGCUUCAUCUGGAUCGAAGACCACCAACUCGCCUCCACCGCCAGCUCGUCAAUCACUAAGCCGUGCCUCCGGCAACGCUCAGCAUACAAAUGCACUACAUGCGCACCAAGCUGCAUCCCGCUCCCCGAGUCGAGCAAGCACCGUCUCAAAGUCAUCCGUCGGGACCCGCAAACCCUCAACCCUCUCCAGCAGCGGCAGGCCAUCUCUCGGCCCUCCUCCAGCUCAAAAGAGACCAGCCUCGCGUCAAAGCCUGGGGCACCAGCCUGCACCGGCCGACGACUCUUUUCUUGCGCGUAUGAUGCGGCCUACCACUUCUUCCGCUAGCAAGACAUCAGCGCAGCCUACGACACCUCCGACUAAAGCGCCGGUUGUUCAUAAGGUUGCGAAGGAUGGACCGCCGAAGAUAGCGAGUAUGGCUGCCAAGCCGAAGGAGAUUGUAAAAAAUGUUGCGAAGACGGCGAAGGCGGUGGAGAAGAAAGUUGAGGCUGCUGUGCCUGUCCCGAAGGCAAAGGAAGAGCCCAAGUCUAUUGCUAAGACAUCGGCUCCAGAGCCAAAGGUGGAGAUUCCGGAGGUCAAGGAGAAGAUAGCUGAGACUUUGGCAGCGGAGCCGGCUCCUGUUCUUUCUGUUGAGUCCGAAAAGAAUGAGGAGAAGGCAGAUAUCGAAGAGCCCAAAGCCAUCAGGCCCGAGAUCGCUGAGCCAGAACACCCGGAGGUCAUUGAGGAAUCUGUCGUCCAGGAGACUGCCCAAGAGGAGCCAGCCCUGAACAAGGCUGAGAGUGAAUCUGCUCCUAUUGAGCUUACCCCAGCAGCCGCCGAAGAGGAAGUUUCUACUCCUGAACCAAUCGAGGAGGAAAUCGUACCGGAGCAAGUUGAGGAAGAAAAGGAGACCGCAAUUGAGCCUGAGGUUGUCGAGAAAGAGGUACCAAUCGCCGCCGAAAUCGAGGACCCAGUCAUCGAAAAAGCGGAAUCAACCGCGGUUCCCAUCGAAGAGGCAGAAGUCACCGAGAAGGAGCCAGAAUCAACCCCCAUCGUCGAGAUCGAGCCGACCAAAGAGGACGAGCCAACGAUCAUAUCAACCCCAAAAGUAGAGCCAGCUCUCAAGUCACCAGUAGUAGAAGAUCCAGCAGAUGUCAAAGCACGAGAAGAGAUCGAGCUUCUGAAUGCACAGGUAUUGAAGGCCGCAUCGGAGGGGGAGGAUAUCGAUUAA